ACUACCCGUUGCUGACUUGGGGGGAAUACUAUGAAAUCAGUUCGUUGCUCCACAAAGUGCAUGCAGUUUUGCUUUCGUUAGCUAACUGUUGUGCACAAACUGAGAAUUGAGCAAGCAAAUAAAAAGAAAGCAAAUUAAAGCACAAAGAUGGGCGUCUGAGAUUGCCCGCUGACUGUGAUUGUGAAUAUAGCUGUCUGGUUUUUUCUUUCCCUGCAAAAUGGUUGUGCUUAGAUGGUUUGCAACUCCUCUUUAUUUUGCUUUAUAUUCAAAUCCUUGAGCAAUUGGCUUUUCAGGCUCAACUUUUUCCUCUUUUUUUUUUUCUGGUGAUUUAGGGGGCUGGCCUGAUAUGAGUUGGAAAGCGGCUGAGAAACUAAUUAGGCACUGGAAGAUUCUCAGAGGGGACAAUGUAAUGAUUAUAAGGGGCAAGGAUAGAGGCAAUAUAGGAAUUAUUAAGCGCAUGAUUCACUCUCGGAAUCGUGUAACUGCUGAGGCCAAAAAUCUGAAUGAAUUCAACCACCGAAGUCUACAUUUCUCAAGUAUGGCUGAAACAAUCUUGGUCCAGGCUCGAGACCCUGGUAAACUGAAUAUGGAAAUAGAAAAAGCUAUCAAUGAGAAUAAAUUAGAUGAUACAUGGAAGCUAUUUGAGCAGCAUAUGCAAAUAGAUGGUUUUCCUAGAAAAUUUAUUGUCAACAAACUUCUAACCACUUUUGUGGAAAGCCUUGAUGUGCAGUGGCUAGAAAAAGCUUAUGGGUUGGUAGAAAAGUCUAUUGAGGAAGGUAAACAGAACUUGUUAGAGAAGGAAGUACUUAUUUAUCUCUGCUUUGGUCUUGCCAAAGCUGGACUGCCAGUUCCUGCAUCAACUGUCUUAAGAAAGAUGAUAAAUAUGGAGCAAUUUCCCCCAGUCACUGCAUGGUCUGCGGUUUUGGCCCACAUGUCACAAACAGCAGAUGGAAGUUAUCUUGCUGCUGAGUUGAUUCUUGAAAUAAGUUAUUUGUUCCAGAACAAUAGAGUGGAUCCUCGCAAAAAGAGCAAUUCACCUUUGGUAGCUAUGAAGCCUGAUACUACUGCUUUUAACAUUGCUUUGGCAGGGUGUCUCCUAUUUGAGACUACUAGAAAAGCAGAGCAGCUUCUAGAUGUGAUGUCUCAAAUUGGUGUCAAGGCUGAUGCAAAUUUACUAAUAAUAAUGGCUCAUGUAUAUGAGAAGAAUGGGCGAAGAGAAGAACUUAAGAAGCUGCAAAGGCACAUAGAGGAAGCACCCAAUCUUACUGAUAUUCAGUUCCGCCAAUUCUUUAAUUGUUUACUCUCAUGCCAUUUGAAAUUUGGGGAUCUAGAUUCAACAUCAAACAUGGUUUUGGAAAUGCUAAGGAAAUCAAAGGAGGCAAAAAAUUCUCUUGCAGCUGCUAAAUUUAUAAGUGACGCAACUGAAGUUAGUCAUAAAUAUUCUACUGGACUUGCUUCUAUGCCAAGCUUGAGUGGCAGAAAGGAUUCAGACUGUUUAGAAUAUGACAAACCAAUGAGACAAAACAUGAUACUCCAACCAACUGAAUCAAUUUAUGUGAAAUUGGUUAAAGGAUUUCUAGAAGUUGGCAAGACCAAGGAUUUGGCAGAGUUUCUAAUCAAGGCAGAAAGAGAAGAUUCCCCGCUUUCCAAUGACAGUUCAGUAUUGGUUCAUGUCAUUAAUUCAUGUAUUUCACUCGGAUGGUUGGAUCAAGCACAUGACCUUCUUGAUGAGAUGCGGCUAGCUGGAAUUAGAACUGGCUCUUCUGUGUAUGCAUCUCUCUUGAAAGCCUAUUGUCAAGCAAAUAAGGCUGCUGAAGUCACUUCACUUUUAAGAGAUGCAAGGAGGGAUGGUAUCCAGCUGGACUUUAGUUCUUAUGAGGUGAUGAUCCAAUCCAGGGUGAUUCAGGAGGAUACAAAGGGAGCGCUCCGUUUAUUCAAAGAGAUGAAAGCGACUAAGAUUCAACAAAGAGUUGAGACAGCAUGACAGCUACUGUCAUGCAAGCUAAAAGUCAUGUACAAAGAUGAAUCUGGGUUGAUGAUGAAUCUUUUGCAGGAAAUCAAAGAAGGACAGAAAGUGAAUUAUGGGGUUCAUGACUGGAAUAAUGUAAUCCAUUUUUUCUGCAAGAAGAGACUGAUGAAAGAUGCUGAAAAGGCUCUGAAGAAGAUGAGGAGCCUAGGCUACACACCAAAUGCACAAACUUUCCAUUCUAUGGUCACUGGGUAUGCUGCUGUAGGAGGGAACUAUCUGGAGGUAACAGAGCUCUGGGGUGAGAUGAAAUCUCUUGCUUCUUCAGUCUCGAUGAAGUUUGAUCAGGAGCUUCUUGAUUCAGUGCUGUAUACAUUUGUGAGGGGUGGAUUCUUCAGUCGAGCCAAUGAAGUUGUGGCAGUGAUGGAAAAAGCUAACAUGUUUAUUGACAAAUAUAAGUAUCGGAUGCUUUUCUUGAAGUAUCAUAAAACAUUAUAUAAAGGCAAAGCUCCAAAGUUUCAGACAGUAACCCAGUUAAACAAGAGGGAAGCAGCCCUGGCUUUUAAAAAAUGGGUUGGCUUGAGUUGAAGUCUUGAUCAAGUAUUCACUCUUUGAAUCUGUCGUCUUUACUCUAGGCUGUUAAAAUUUGGUAUUACAGAAAGCGACAAGGUCAGGAGCAGGGGAUCUUUUCAGUUGAAGCCUCGAUUCAUGCCUCAAAUAUGCUGAUUCCUGAUCCAUUGACGGUAUCGCAUGCAUUCAUACACAAAACUCUAAUGUGUCUGCCUGCAGGAUAACUAGAUAGUAGCCUACUUGUCUCGGUAAUGCAGGAAGCCUUGCUAGGUUGGAAAUCAGAUAUAUUUGAAGAAGGUCCAUACUCCAAAAUCCGUCCGUCCCAAGAUCUUGAAGAUGAGAACCAUCUCAAUCCAUUCAGUCCAUGCAUAUCUUGACGUGACAUCCAACAGUAGUCAAUGCACUUGGAAUGCAAUCGUGAAUGCUUUUGCCAGCCUCGACGCCUAGACUCACUCUCUUGUUUGAACCUUGAAUGGCAUCUAUUUAUUAACCUGUGUCGCUCAUGAACUAUCGAAGAUCCAUCUCCACAGAUUUCCCAAUGAAGGACAAAGCGGACUAUCCAGCUAGAGCAUCUAACCAAUUUGUAUUUUGUUGUUGCGGCUGGCCGCUGAUACCCUGCGAUGAUCUAGAGAAGACUUGGGUGCUAAAAUAGGGAAGGGCGUGCCCGACCAUCGAAACGAUUAUGUGCUUUAUUUCAUUUACGUUGAUAUCCUACUAGGAUAAACAGGAUAUGACCUAAGGCUCUUGCCCUUUUCACCGCCGCUGUUUAUUCAAGUGAAUGAUUAUAC